CACGAUAUGGAGAAAGCUAUCGCUAAUCCAACCAUUGGAUCGAUGUGGAACAAGCGAGGACCAGCUGAUGAUUCCGCCGGCGACGGCGACGAUAGGGACAAAGCUAUCGCAAAAACAGCUGGAUUCGUGGUCUUCUCAGGAAUCGCGAUGAGCAUUAUCAAAGCCCUAAACCCUUUCAACAAUAAUACCAGCCUAAAAAACGGCGACAAUGAGUCGACUCAACCUCAAGUUCUUAAGCAAUGGCAGCCUCAGGAACUUCCACCGCUUCCGCCUCCACCUCAACCUCCUUCUGAACCCAUUAAAUCAACUUGUUGUUCCGAGCAAAAUGCGGUGGAACCAUCACCGAAGGUAUUUUGGAUUAUUGGUUUGGGUUGGGUUAUUUUGGAUAGUGGGAAUUACAUUUUUACCUCUUGA